AUGCUGCGUUAUUUAUUGCUGUAUACUUUUGUUUUAAUUGUACCUUUUGCCUAUCAAGCUUCAACCACGACCGGGUCUAUCGAAUUAGACGAAUUUUCUUUUGAUAAAAUAAGAAAUAAAUUCGAUGCAAGCCUUAUUAAAUUCGAUGUGGCGUUCCCAUACGGCGAUAAACAUGACGCUUUCGUGUCACUGGCAAGGGAGGCGAGAGAUGUAGAAGAUCUUUUGAUUGCUGAAGUCGGCGUGAAAGAUUACGGUGAAAAAGAAAAUGAGGCUCUUGCGAAGAAGUAUGGAGCUACCAAGGAUAACUUCCCUGUGGUUAAACUGUUCGUCAAAGGUAAAACUGAGCCUAUACCAUUUGAUGAAUCAAAAGGUUUCACCAGUGAUGAACUUCGCCGGUUUGUGCGGGAGAACACAGGCAUAUAUUUGAGUUUGCCUGGCUGCGUAAAGGAACUCGAUAAGUUCGCAAUUCAGUUUAUGAAAGGCAAGAAAGAUGAGAGGAAAAAAGUACUGAAGAAGGCUGAAGAAUUCUUGAAGAGCUCAGACAAGGAACCUGCUACUGGAAAGAUCUACAAGACAAUCAUGGAGAAAAUUCUAGAAAAAGGCGAUGAUUUCAUACAGUUGGAACAUGAGAGAGUGAAGAAGUUGCUCAGUAGCAAAGUAUCCGAAGAGAAGAAGAAAGAAUUAGGAAUCAGAAUCAAUAUUCUUCAGACAUUCCAACUAUCUGACAAGCAGCAGAAAUCACAGAAAGAAGACCUGUGA